AUGUAUCUCUUUCAACAACAACAAUUUAUUAUUAUUAUAUUUAUUGCCUUUGUUCAAGUAUCAUCAGCUUUUUGGUGGUCUCUUAGUUUACCUUCAUUUCAAUUAUGGACAUCAACUCAAAAUGAUCAAGAAACAUUUUGUUCUUCGUUAACAUUUUUAACUCUUCAACAACGUUAUCUUUGUCAAACAAGUCCAAAAAUAUUCUCAAUUAUAAGUCGUUCAUUACGACAAGCUAUUGAAGAAUGUCAAUAUCAAUUUCGUAAUCAACGAUGGAAUUGUUCAAUUUUUAAUCAAUCCGAUAUUUUUGGAAAACUUAUUUUAAGAAAAACACCGGAAACAGCAUUUAUUUAUGCAUUAACAUCUGCUUCAGUUAUGCAUAGUAUUGCAAAAGCUUGUGCAAAAGGUGAAAUAACGGAAUGUGGUUGUGAUAAAAGUCAACCAUCACCAACAUCACCAUUAUCAUCAACAUCAACAUCACCAAUACGAGCACGAACUAUGUUAAAAUAUCAAACAAGUUCAAUACCAUCUAUGAGUAUUUCAUUAUUUCCAUCAUCAUCAUCGCCACCACAAUCACCACAACCCAUGGAUGGUUUUGAAUGGGGUGGUUGUUCAGAUGAUUUAAAAUUUGGUCGAAAUAUUAGUACAUCGUUUAUUGAUGAACAAGAAUCAUUUGUAACUCGACGUCGUAUUGUACGUAUGGUGAAUUUACAUAAUAAUGAAGCUGGUAGACAAGCUGUCGAACGAAAUGUUCAAUUAACAUGUAAAUGUCAUGGUGUUAGCGGGUCAUGUACAUUACGUGUUUGUUGGCGUACAUUACCCGAUUUUCGUCUUAUUGGAUCAGAAUUACGUACGAAAUAUGCAAGUGCAACACAGAUACGACUUAAUCGUCGUUUAGGUUUACUUAAACCUCGUAAAAAUUCAAUGAAAUUAUUUAAUACAACUGAUCUUAUAUAUAUCCAUAAUUCACCAUCAUUUUGUGAGAAAAAUCUUCGUCUAGGUUCAUUAGGUACACAAGGACGUGAAUGUAAUUUAACAAUGAAUGAACCUGGUUCUUGUUCAGUAUUAUGUUGCGAUCGUGGUUAUGAAACAAUUAUAAGUACAAUAGAAGAAGAUUGUGAGUGCCAAUUUCAUUGGUGUUGCGAAGUACGAUGUAAACGUUGUAUUAAAAGAGUUGAAAAACAUUUUUGUAAAUGA